GUUGACAUCGGCUGAACGGAAUCCAAUGGUCGACACAGAGUCCCAAGACAUCGAGACUGCCACAACCACACUUCAGUCGGCACCCGAUGCUAAGACUCGGAGAUAUGACCGCCAGUUGCGACUCUGGGCCGCUACGGGUCAGGCUGCCCUCGAACUGUCACGCAUACUUGUUUUGUCUUCCGAUGCGACGUCCACAUCCAUCCUGAAAAACCUCGUCCUGCCAGGCAUUGGCCACUUCACCAUAUUGGAUGACGCCAGGGUGUCCCCCGCAGACGCGGGCAACAACUUCUUUCUCGAGGGACCCAGAAGCAUCGGCAAAUCGAGAGCGGAGGAGGCCGUUCGGCUGCUUCUCGAGAUGAAUGAUGGCGUCCAGGGCGUCGCAGAUACGCGCUCGUUCGACAGCAUCAUGGAUACUGACAAGGACUGGUUUUCCUCUUUCACCUUGAUUAUCUCUCAUAACCUCCACCCUACCCGACUCGACAAGCUCUCAAAUCUGCUAUCUUCCAACUCUUCCGCGCCUCCGUUGAUCAUCGUGCGGUCAUCCGCCUUCCUUGCAGAAUUCUUCAUCCAGUUCCACGAGCAUACCAUCAUCGAGAGCCAUUCAGAAACUGCUCCUUCUCUCCGUAUCGACAAACCUUUCCCGGCUUUACUUCAACAUGCACUCUCACUAGAUUAUGAGAAGAUGGAUUCCACAGAGCAUGGUCACACGCCAUACGUCUACAUUCUUGUGAAAGCGAUGGAAGGUUGGAAGAAGAGCCACGGUGGUAAUCCACCGAAGACAACGGAUGAAAGAAAAGAAUUCAAGAAGGGCAUUCUCGCUCUCCAGCGUAACAUCGACGAGGAGAAUUUCGAGGAAGCAGAGGCACAGGCAUAUCGUUGCUGGGCUGAAACAAAGGUCCCCUCCGAGAUCGCCCAGCUCUUCAAUGAUCCUGCCCUAGAACCUGCGGCCCAUGCGCAGUCCCGCCAGCCCUUCUUCCAUCUGCUCGCAGCGCUCAAGCGCUUCACAGAGGAGGUUGAACCGCAUACGCUUCCGCUGACCUCGACGCUGCCGGAUAUGAAGGCGGACACCACGAGUUACAUCCACCUGCAGCGUCUGUACAAGGCACGCGCGGAGGAGGAGAAAGCGAUCUUCCAGACAUUUUUGGAUAAGAAUGUAGAUAUUGACGAGGACGUGAUUGAUUUAUUCCUCAAGAACGCACAUGGCCUGCAGGUGCUGAGGGGGAGGAGGUGGGGCGAAUUUGAGAGGGACACGGAUGCGUUUUCGGGCGCUUUGGCGAGCUACCCGAAGGAGACGUGCAUCCACCUUGCGCUGUCGGCACUAGCCAACCUGACGGUCAAGCAGCCCGGCGUGGCUCCCACUGCGGAGGCACUGCGCGGCGAGGUUCUUGCGAUUGUCGGGCAGGGCACCGAGCUUCCCGAUGCAUUGGACGAAGCUAUCGGCGAGCUGGAAAGGGCACCAGCGGCAGAGCUACCGAACACAGCGGCGCUCCUUGGUGGCCUCGUCGCUCAAGAGGCGAUCAAGAUGAUCACGAAGCAGUACGUGCCGAUCAAGGGAUAUGCAGUUAUUGACUUGAUCGACACAACGACCGCUACGCUUGGCUGAGAGUAAUACCCAUAAAUUGCUCGACCAUCAUUGUAUCAUUGUACAGAUUAGCAUCAAACAAUAUAUUCGUGCGGAAUCGUUGCAUU